CCGGAUGUUGAUUCGGUUUAAAAUGGCUGAAGGACUUUAGCUGGUACCUCCCUUCGUCACAGAAGAAGCAGCAGUAGUAACCAGGUUGUUCCUGUCGGCAUGGUAACAGGGAUAAAAUGAGGAGGAUCCUGGUUCAUGUUUGUAAGGACCGAGCAGCUCCACAGCGAGCUCAGUUUGUCCAGAGUAUAACGGGCCAUUUCGGGGAGCGUGGCGAAGAUGAGGUGGAGGUGAACUGCUCUCUGGAGAAAAACCAGUUCCUCAUUUCCAGAGCAGAGAAAGGACGAGGGACGCCUCUGAAGAGGCCGGCCUUCUGUCCCAUCAAACACCUGUCAGUCGCGGAGGCAGCUGCGAUCCCAUUGGACGUUCAGCAGCGUGGCGUGGACGUGGGCGUGGCCAUCAUCCUGCAGACAGCCAAUGAGCGAGUGUUGCUGACGCGGCGGGCGAAGGAGCUCCGUAUCUUUCCCAACGUCUGGGUUCCUCCAGGCGGCCAUCUUGAGCCCGAUGAGACGCUGCUGGAGGCAGGCCUCAGGGAGUUACAGGAGGAAACUGGACUGAAACUGGAACCGGAGGGAGUUUCUCCAAAGAUCCUGGGCCUCUGGGAGUCGGUGUAUCCUCCCAUGCUGUCCAGAGGACUCCCUCAGAGACAUCACAUCGUCAUCUACAUGCUGCUGCUGUCCUCCCGCUCUCACCUGCAGCUCCAGGUGACUCGCUCUCUGAGCCCGUCUCCGGCCGAGGUCAGCGCCUGUCUGUGGGCCGACAGCCGGCUGGUCAGAGCCGCCGUGUCCGCCGUGGAUGGAGAGGACGCCGAGGUCCCGCUGCACGGCCUGCAGAGCGCCAUCAGUGUGUCCCAGGUCUCCCCCGACGGGGCUCUGAGCGACUGCUCUCUGCCUCUGGAGGCGUUGGUGAGCCGGGCGCCAGUCAGCGGCCCGGACGUGGAGCGGGUCAGCACCGGGACCAAGUUCGCCCUGGAGGUGUGGCUGCAGACCCUGGAGACCCCUGACCUUUGACCUCUGACCUCUGGACCCCCACCAGCCCCCACCCUGCAGGACAGCACUGGAUCAGAGAAAUGACUCUGUAUUAAUGCCACUUUUAUCUUCAUGUUCUUUGAAUCCCGUCUUUAUUUUUUUAAAGAAAUAAACCAUUAACAAAAAA